GGCUGUGAAGGGCAGCAGAGGGCAGCGUGAUGACCACACACCAUCCACCAACACAAACCCAAUGAAAGACGAUGGCCACCGAUGGUUUACAGAAUGGUGCAAUCGACUUCAACUGGCUGUUUCUGGUCGAGAGCGUCACCAUAGCCAUCGUCGUUAUCUUUUACUUGUUCUACUUCAACCGGGUCCUUGGAUGGCUAGUCGCUGCGAUCUGCAACCUCUACUUUCGGAAACUCAACUACAAUGCUUCCGUCGAGUUUGAGGCGAUCCAACUUUCACUCUUGGCCGGACGCGUUCUGUUUAGAAAUGCAAGAUAUCACUCCAUCAAUCAAAGCUUACGAAUCGUCAAAGGUCACCUAACAUGUCGGUACUGGUAUCUCCGAACCCAAGGGAUGGAAUCAGAUGGGCCAACAUCCAGGCAAGGCAAUCCGCUUUCACCAUCAAGCCUGCCUCAUCGGUGGCUCAUAGCAUUUGAAGGGGCCGAAUGGUUCGUCUAUAAUCGCACGGCUGCUUUCGAUGUCAUCUUGGAGCAUCUUGGAUUUGUUAAUCCUCUCGAUCCGGCUUCAGACUCCACUAUGAAGAAACAAGGCGAGAGUCCAUUCGAGCGUCCAUUGAGAUCGAGUAACAGCCAAACGACAUUCAAAGUUCAGAAUCCUCCCUCUGUCAAGACCAAUCAUCAUCCCAAUGACAAGAAGCAAGAUAACACGCAAGAAAGUAUGAUGAGCUGGGCCUUGCGUGACGCCCUUCCAGUCAGGAUAGAAGGAAACAUAGGCGUGGUGACGAUCGGAAACCCUUCGACCUCCUCGAUCCUCGUCUUCACCUUCCAAAAGGCUCAUGGGGUUUACAGCGCGCCCAACGCUCGAUCUCGCCACGAUUUCUUCAGACAGGAUUUCAAGUUCUCCUUUGUCCAGACCAAGAUCGUACUUAGAACCAACCCAGAUUAUAACCGAACGCUCAAGGAACACGGUGCUACAAUCCUCAACGACCUCCAAUCCGAUCCUAACUUUCGUCAAGCUUUUGAUCAGCCCAUCUAUCGCCUCUUGAACUCGGCUUCAUUCGCCCAAUUCUCCAAGUACUUCAGUGCCAAAUCAUCUGGACUUUUUAACUGGAUCCAUCCAACUCAUCAACCAGAAGUUGGCAAAAUGCCUGGAGUGGCUAUCGAACCAGACGGCUUCGUCGGUCUGCCUCGUUUUGUACAGACAACAACACCGGCUCAUCCGGCCGAAUAUGCAAAGGUUACCACGAUCCUGACCUCUAGGAUCAUGAACUUCCGGUACUAUCUUGAUUCUCCUGGAAAGGUUCCUGCGGAUCCCUUGACAGUCCAUCAUCUCUCAACCUCAUUAUCCCUUGAUCCUGAGGACGGCUUACCGCCUGAAUAUGGCAUAGACAUCAAACUAGUUGAUGCGAAGAUCACGUACGGUCCGUGGGCUGAUAGACAACGAGCAGUGAUUCACAAGGCUAUCUUCCCUCCUCAACGCUUCGAUAAUGUUGAAACUCCCCAGCCAUUCGGUCCCGGAGAUCAGAGGGCUCAUACUGAACUGUUGGUCAAAGUCGAUCUCGAGAAUUGUCAAGUGCGAGUCCCGAUCAGAGAACCUUCCAAAGAUUGGCAAUGGCUCACCGGCGGUACCACCACUGCAAACAACCAAGGCUCUGAUGUUAGACCCUAUGGUUGGCUGGAUCUGUCUAUUGGCCCCGGCAGUGAAAUCGUCCUGACUCAGAGCCAGAUCCCUCAGAAGGAUGGCUACGAGAUGGUCCUGCAAUUUCGGAUGAUGGACGUGGAGGCUAGGUCGAGCGUGAAUAACAAGGUUUUCGCGAGAAUCCCAAUGGUUUUGAUAAUAGCCGAUAUGCCAACUCCAUUGAUAUGGGACUCCCCUCGAACUUGGAAGUAUCGGCUUACGCUAUCCGAAAAAUCUUAUCACCCUCAUGACUUGGCCGAUUCAAAAACUCAGCCUCGCGUUUCCCUCAUUCGAGAUCACAUCCAGUUUGUCAUCGAUCUGAUAAAGGAUUGGCUCUCUGGGCCCCCAACACUUUACGAGGAAUGGGUCCCAACUACCUAUGAAGUCGAGCUCAAGUUGAUGGAUUAUGACCUAUAUUUGAAUUUGAAUGAUCUGAACAUUAUCGAAAACUUUGACUUUAUGGCUGGCUCUAAUAGCAAUAUUUUGUUACUUCUUUGCGGCCAAUCGCUGACGAUCCAAGUCGUCAUUCCGGGGGAGCUUUAUCGACCACCUGUCUCGACAACCUCGUUCAGCGUGCAAUUUGACGAUCUGAGCGUUAAACUAGACUAUCCAGAUUGGAGUACCCAGCAUUCCUUUGCCACCGACUCUGCGCUGUAUUGUGCUGAACUUGGUCGGGUCUCCGUGCAAGGCUACUAUGACGCGAAUGACCUCAUUAAACCAGAGGCUGUCGAUUUUUUAAAUUUGACUUUGGAGAUGGAUGAUGUUCUUUUUAAAGCCUUCGGACAUCUCUUCCGGCUGAUGCUGAACAUCAAAGAAAACUAUCUCGGCUCGUACCAUCAUUCAUUUACUCAGGAGGAAUUCAUUGCGGCUUUUAAAAAGGGAAUCAUUGGCGCCCAUCCAGACGAAAUAAACUAUCGUGCCACUAACUCCAAUACCUUCGAGAUGGAUCUCAAGGUCAUUAUCACCAACUUGCUACUUGCUUUUCCGCAAGAUUCUUUUGAUUGUGAAGAGGUGGUGUUUUGUGCGGCACCAAGCUCUCACUGCUUUCUGAAAAACCAUGCUUCAUUUAUGGAUAUGACCUUGGAAACUUCCCCUCUGCGCUUCCAACCGGCCACUGAUUGGGAACACCUUUUGGAUGACCCCAUCGUUCGACGGCAGAUUUUGAGCGGCGACUUCAGCUCAUUUCAUUCCCAAACCCGGGUCCGACUCGAGUCAAUCCAACUGACUGCCCUAAGGCUUUUUGGGCCUCUUCCCGAGGCAACCACUUAUUUCGGCGAUUGGCGCUGUUCUAUUGGCCAACUGACUGGCGAGCUCGCCAUCUCCGAUGUUGAAGCUUUUGCAAGAUUUGCUAGUGUUGUUGGCGAAGGUUUUGUUGACAAGGCAAAUUCGAUGUUCGCUGAUUUCCCUCUGCCAGUGGAACCUGAUGUCACCUUUGGACGAGUGAGCACGGAGGCGAUCGAUUUAAUUAUAGUCACUCCUAGGUCACGGGCACGGCUCCAUUUUUCGUCCGGCAUCCAACUUUCUUACAACGAUUUGGCGUCCGAUCUUUUUAAAAUUCAUACCGAACUCGUGGUCCCAGCCUUCGGAUUUUAUCUACUAGUUCCAGAUCCUACUAGAGGAGGUGAUAUACAGAACCCUGCUAUCCCAUGGCUGGAAGUCGCCUCUUGUACUGGAAACUUGGAAGUUUCGUCUGCCGCUGCAGCCUUGGGUUGGGAAGAAAAGGCCCAAAAUCAGCGCGAGUUUUUGGAGGAACAAGACUUCCAAACCAAGAGAUGCCACUUUUUGUAUCCGGAAAGUGUCAACGCUUCGGCUCUGUAUCCCCAUCUGCCGGCUCCGGCCAAAGACAUUCUAGAAGACCUACAACGCAGUCCAAUCCACGAUCCACAUGCUGUAAUUGACGGUAGCGAUGACGGGAAUUCCUUGCGUUCUCAUGUAACCAAUGCUCGAGGCUCUGAUUCGAGUGCCGAGCAGUCCGAAACGGAUGGUCGAGUCGCAGCAAAGAAUCUUCGCCGUGAACGAUUGCUUUAUCAACGGAGACUCUCAGUGUCCGCACCUCGAGUCCUCCGGUCCGUCGCAUCACCCAUACCUGCUGCCCCAUAUGCCACUGCUUUACCUUCCUGGCGCUACUAUGGAUUUAAUCCGGACAUUCCACCCCAGCAACCAACAUUUCUAGCCAUGCGUGCGGGUUUGUUUCCACCUCAAAGUAUUCAAAAUAGACCAGGCAAUGGUGAGCACGCCCCCUUUUACGUACCGCGGAUGAAAGCUAGCAGAAACACCUCCCCUCAGCGUAAGCAGGUACUAGGAAGAAAGUAUCUUGAUUUGCGAAUGAAGACUCCACUCGAUUUGUUUUUCACCCCGCUGUGUGUUGAGGUGGUAGAUGACAUGUUGGAGACUCUUAUGGAUAAUGAUAUCGAAGCGGAUGGACCUAGUUUUUAUAAUAGAUUGCUGGGAUCACUUAGCGCAAAUCCAUCGCCAAACAUUUCAACGUCGGCCAGUGAACAAGUUUUGGAGUUUUUUGUUUCAAUGCCGCUCAUUCGAUUAAGAUUACUGCAGGAUAUUGCUUCUGCCUUCGAGCCCAUUGGAAUAUCGUCGAUAUCCGCCAAUGCACCACCACUUUCUGCGAUAAGUUUACAAGUUGAAAACGUUUGCUUGGACGGCAAAUCUCCAGCCCUCUUUUCAAAAGGGCCUUUGGAUUCGCUAAGUUUGCCGCAAAAUGUUCAGGCAUCUAUCGAUGGAUUUCAGUUCUUGAUACGUCAAGAUCCCAGGUCUGCGAUGGACCACUUUUUCCUUGAUUUGACUCCGCAUUCCGAAACCACUGCCGGUACCGUUUUUGCCCUCCAAAGUGGAUUUGCUGAACUGAAAUUAUCACAUGAUGGCCAUCGACUCCAAUCGGCCGCAACUUCAUCUGAUCUGUCUUGUUCGUUUGUGGAAAGGGCUGCAGAGACUUUGGCGGGUAGUUUUGCUUCGCUUGUCACCCAUUCGGCCAGGGCUAUGAGUCUUAUUUCGAAGUAUGGACAUCAUAAACAAGAAAUGUUACGACGUGUGAUAUACCGUUUGAUUGCAAAUGAUUUCGAUACAAUGCCGUCAUGCUUACGGCGUUCACCCUUUUGGACACAUAUAUCACCUUCUUCUCACCGCUCCAGCUUUGCAUGGUAUUGUUCAAUUAGACUUCGUCAACUAGCUCUCAGCAUUACGAAUAAAAGGGCUCCAAUCAAUCACGAAUCCAACCUAUCAGAAACUGCCAUUAAAAAUACACUCGUCGCAUGGAGCAAGGAUCACGGCGGGGAUUCGGAUGUUGGUUCACUCGACCGUUUCCUGCCUCGAUUGGGUCCAAUCUCCAAGACGACGUCAUCAGUUCCUCCCCAAUCCUACAUCCUGGAAAAUCACUCUUUUCUGCUCAGGACUGGAUGUUUUGUUGUGCGGUUCAUACACACAGCGAACUCGCCUACGUCUACUUCAGCGCUCCGAAACUGCGACAAUUUCUUCCAGCUCGCCCCAACCACCUUGCUUGUUGCUACCCAGCUCAGUAAAGAUUCUGUUGCGCUGGGCUGUUAUCUCAAUACCGGGACGAUUAACUGUAAGGUCGAUCCUCAAUUCAGUUCACUUGCCCAGCAUAUCGUUACUUUAGUGCACGCUUUUAGACCCAAAGUUGCCGAAAGUCCUCUCGUUCAACAAGACCUCUCGGACCCAGUCACACUUUCCCCGAAAACCACUCAUGAUGGCUCAUCUUUCAUGAGCAUAUUUUCUAAAAUCGAAUUAUCUAUCGUUUUUGGCGGCGCCAGACUGCAAGCAGCUGUUCAUCGUUUGGGUACGAUGAUUGAACUGGGAAAGCUUUCCCUUGGCUUUCGCCUUGAGAAUGCUACGCCUUCCGUCGCGUUUCGACCAAACAUGUUCUCUUCUUCUGCCCACCUGGAACGUAUUGGCAUAUAUCUUUCAGAGAUAUCUCUUGCACAUCUCUCAUCAACAACUGAACCCGUCCUCGAAAAUUUGCUAAUGUCGGCCACCAUUGAAAAUAUCACUACCAAUGCACGCAACUGGCCAGAUUCUAGCCAAUCUUCCUCAAAUGUAAAAUUAUUGAUCUUACUCGGCAGUAUUCAUAUCAGCGUGGGUCGUAGUCUAGUCAAGAUGGAAGAGUUUGUGCGCGACUGGAGGCAGCGAGAAGUCGCUUCCCGGAUAGUUCCAAUGUAUCAUAAAAUCUUGGAGGCGUGGAAAUCGGAACCGGCGGCUCAAAGUCCUUCAAGCACUGUUUGGAAUUGGUCCUUGUCCCUCGAAUUUCAUCUUGCAGCCAUAGCAGCUAAUUUUCAACCCAUCCCACGGCUAGAGGUCGUCUACAGCUUGCAGGGCUUGAGCUUUACGGAUUUUAAAGCAUCCUUGAGAAAUGGACAGUUUACUCUCAGCGGUGGGAUUGCAGUCGAUCAACACAAUCUGAGCUUUACAUCAACCACCGAGAAACCCGACUCUGAGGCUACGGACUUGACUCGGCGACAUCAUGGUUUACUGAAAUUCCCAUCCUUACAAAUGCUUUUUUCCUACUCAAAUUCAACCAAUCCAUCGCUACAUUUGGACCUUGCAAUCGAUUUUUUCAGUGCUUACCUGUCGAUCAACUGGCUAGAUACGAUUCUGACGAUGACGGCCCGAUAUGGUGAAGACAUCAACGAACUGAUUCACUUGUUACGGCCACCAGUGAUCCCGCCAAUCUCCACCAAAAUCGAGAACUCAACUGUAGUCAAGUCAAGCGAACCUCCUCUGCAAAUCUUCGCUGAAAUUAUGUUGUCGGGAUUUGAGCUUUCCAUCCUUGCCCCCAAACCCCUGCCUCGUAUUGAAUGCCGGCGCGUAAAAGGUACUAUUCAUCCCAAGUUUCGCCAUCUGGAACUGACCGAGUGCGCGAUCUCUCUUGCACCACUUGAACAAACCACUGGCAAUAUGCAAAGUUUUGCUCGCUUUGUCUUCGAUCUUUUUCUUUCAAAUGAGAGCCCAGCCUGGGCAUUCACACCCCAAACCGAUCAUGAUCUUACCCGAGAAGACGUCUUAGAAAUCACCGCGGAUUUCCAGCGUAUCCAUGCCGUCGCAGCCACUUCAGCCUUCAAGCUAUUGUUGGAUUGCAUCCAGUAUUUACAGUUGGAAUUCGCUCGGAUCAAAACUGUCCAUCGAGCUGAAAUGGCUGAGGCUGAGUCGCGCAUUGAACAGGCUUGGUCUAGUGCUCAGAAUCAGUAUACGUCAAGUGAACCUUUACUUCAGAGAUUGAUUUUUGCCGGCCGUUGUUCUCAGUUUGGUUUAGCAAUUCCUUUGGACGACCCCCCCUCGAAUUCCAGCCAAUCCGCUGAUCCGUCUUCCCCACCACAGAGUUUCAAAGGAGCGGCUUUGUUCAUUUCAUUCACUCAGUUGGUCACAUGGAGUCGUCUAGGUCAGACCGCUCAAGCUAGUGUAGAACUGUUUGCCAUACAGUCCCUAUCUCAGCUAGACCCAUCCUUAGUUGAGCAUUUUGAAAGCGCAAGUCACGAAACACGAAAUUCUGUCUUUGUGCCUCACUUGGACGUCAAGUUUGGCUUGACUGCUCGACCGCAAGCGCCUACUCUACUCACUGUCAAGGCAUCUGCACCUAGUGGAAUCACGAUCGACAUAAGUCCCUCUAUCCUCCUAAUUGUUCAUGCAUUUCUGGAUGUUUAUGAACGCGAUAGUCAUCUCAUUGUCAACUUACUCGAGAGUCAGACUCAAACCUCAGAUGUAGAAGCAGCUCAGCAAGACCCACACGCAACUGUCGAGCCGAACAUUUCUCUUUCGCCUACAAUUACUGACCCCUGGUCUAUCCGCGUGGACUUUGAUACUGGCGUGGGCGGUGGUGGAAAAAUCCAAUUGCAUACCUUCGACCUGGCUCAAGAUGAUGCCGAUUUUGUUGAGAUCUUACAGCGCGCCAACGUCUCUCUGGGGCGUAUAAAUGUCGAUGUAGCUCACAGUGACUUAUUCUUUUUGCCUGGUGUUUCGGCUUGGGCGGUGUACAAUCCGAUCUCUCCGACGACUGAUGCAGCUCUGCAUAUUGACAUUGUAGUCCAUUCGUCACAAAACACGUUGAAUCCUACUCUGUUGCGAUUUGUGAGUCAAAUGUCUGCAGCUGCCAAUCGGCGUGUCUGCCCAAAGUCAGACAGCACCGCCAGAACACCUUCCAUCAAGCCGCCAACUACCUCGGCAGCAACUACCAAAUCAUCGAUUUUAUCCACCAAUCUGUCCUUCGGGUUGCGGAUCGAUCGUUCUGAACUUACUAUCACUUGUUUGCCUACUCGCGCCCUAGCCAAACUUCAAUGGGCAAGUGGUGUUUUGUUCGCAUCAGGUCGUCUCGAUAAAAGCCAGUUCAAUGCAGCCUGCACAGUUUCUAAGAUCGCAGCUUUCCUUCGCCAUGAGCAUGGCUUCGAUUCAGCCCUGAAAGCUGAAGCAGGUGAUAUGGUUGCAUCCUUAGAUUGGAGGGCUCUACGACCCGCUACCCGCCAGCAUACGCACACAUGUUCAGUGCUCUUGAAAUUUUCCGAGCUAUUGACCGAGGUAGAUUUCAAUCACCUCAACAUAUGUUUGCUUUUUAAAGCAAUCUGGCUCGAUCAGGUCACUCCACCAGCUCAGCCAAAAUCUGAACUGGAUGUUGGCAAGGGCUCGAAACCAUCAGAAUCCGUUCCGCAAAACGACAAAAACGACACCACUAUUCUACUGGUGGCAGUGCUGGCCGACAACAUCAAAUUCUUGCUGCGUCUAUCUCCUAGUGUAGGCACUAUCCAUCUAGGGACUACCCCAUUAAACUUGAGGGUGAGACACAUUCCGAGUGUUUCCAGGUCUCUAGUACUCGAUGUCGGUGAAACGUCUGGUGUUGCGGUCGGAGAUGGAUUACUUGGAGGUCGAGCACAUCUACAGCAAUUCACUCUGCUCAUCAGUGUCGAAGAUUUGUCUUCGGACACGAUAUUAGAUAUCAAUGCGACCAUUGGGCCGAUGGAAGUCUACUUUACAGUGUCGUCCGAGACAAUACUUUUGCUUCGGACGGAUCUGAUUCAAGGAGCUGUUCAAGACGACUGGAAGGACAUCAAAUCUCUUGAUGGCAACUCACCCGAAAAUCUUCACGGAAGGAAAGAUUUGAGCUUACGAACGUCUUUACAUUUGAGGAGUAUCAAUGUCUUGGCCACCCUCUACACCGCUUCCCGAGGCAAAUCCGUGCUGGAUGCCAUAGAAAGUCAAGUUCAUCAACAGAAUGCCCAGGCCGAGGAUGUCUUGAGUCAGUUACCGCCUGGCAUGAUCGUCCGACGUGAAAAAGAUACGCUCCUGAAUGUGGCCCAGCGUCUUGAAAAUGAACGAUCCAGUCCUCCGACUCACAGUGUUAACGAAAUCAAGAUUGUCGGCUCUCUACAACUGACGACUCACAACAUCUCUCUUGUUUUGUUUGCGGGGCAAUUUGGGGACAUGCCCUUGCUUCGGAUGCAACUCGAAGCAACUCAAGCAUUUUUGACUCGAACUCCUACCACCACACACAUGCUCUACAACCUCAGCUUUACUACGGAAGGUUGCCAAGUGGCCCAUCUGAACCUUCCGCCCAAUGGGUUAUCCGAAGCGACUCAAUCGGAUGGUUCGUGGUACGAGGCGUUAGGGAGCGUACCUUGUGAAUUAGUCUUGAAUGCCAAUCGGCUAUGGAUCAGUAUGUCGGCCUCUGAAGCCCUCGAAAAGAAUCAAGUCUCCCACACCUUCCGGGCUGAAAUGCCAAACAACAUCCACAUCUCAACCGAUGUGACCACCCAUGCUAAUCUGUGGAGCAAAUUCCGGUCUGCUUGGAAUAAGGCAAAUGAAGUCAAAGGCUCAGCCGACCCUUUUAUGGCCCAAGAUCAUGAACCUAAGCAAGUCGUUGAAGGGCUCGUGUUGGUGGCGGAGACCCCGCCUGUAAUUGAAGAUGCAAAGGUCCAAGAACUUUGGCAUGCUACACUGCCUUUGGUAAACUAUUUCAAGUGGAACGAAAACUUACCCAAAUAUACCCUAAUCCGGGUGAUCAAACCGCUUGACAAUGUGAUUGACUUCUUUGAAGGAGUGUAUGAAUCAACCUUUGCUCGUCAUCAAUUCAAGAAACCAUCCUCAGCUUGAAAUCAUGAUCAACAAAAUAAUUGAGAAAAUUUGCCCAAAAUUGCAUUGUUGUUAUAACAUAUAAACUUGUUCGUGUUUGCUCUCAGCUCUCAGCUCACUUGCUUCCUCCGUUCCAGUUAAUUUAUUACUCAUUGAUCUAGUACAUAGACGAUUUAUUGUACUUCUAUUGUUUGAUCCUUGUUUGGGAUUUAUGUAUUUGAUCCAAGAGGCUCAAGAACAUUACAAACCUAAUAAAUAUGCAAUAAAUUUCUCUUUAACCUGUACUUGGCUCAGCUUUUG